UGAUGAGACGUCGCUGCUGUCGUGUCUUGUUGCCAUCGCAAGUGUUCUUCUGUAAUCUAACAUAAGUUUUUCUUUUUCUUCGCGAAAGAAAUUUAUUUUCUAACACUUUCUUUGUUUGACACACGCACAACCAGGCGCAUGAUAAGGAGCGGCUGAUUGCGCGUGUCGUCGAAACGAGUUUUUAUUGGCGCAACAUAUUUGAAUUGAUUAACACAAGAAUAAAAUUAAUUUUUGUUUGGCCGCAACACGAGACAUUUAUUUGUCGAUUUCUACGAUUCAUUGAUUUUGUAACGAGUAUUAAAUAUGAGUGUUUUUGUGAUACUUACGAAAUUAUUUCCUAAUAUAGCAGCAGGAGCAAGAUGUUAUUCGAAAGUCGGAUUCGUCGGUUUGGGCAACAUGGGCGGUCACAUGGCGAGGAACUUGCUAAAGAAGGGCUAUGAGCUCACUGUGUAUGACGUGAACAAAUCGGCGGUGUCGAGUUUAGUGGAGGCGGGUGCAGGUUGUGCGCCAAGUGCGGCUGAAAUGUCAAGAGAAGCUGAAGUUGUCAUCUCGAUGUUACCUUCGAAUCAGCACGUUCUCGAUGUUUACGCCGGUGAGAACGGUGUGCUUAGCACCGCGAAAAAGAAUGUUUUACUGAUCGAUAGCAGUACCGUGGAUCCAUCGGUGUCUCAGUCGAUCGCAUCGCAGGCUCGGGAACGUAAUUUGAGAUUUAUUGACAGUCCUGUUUCUGGAGGUAUAAACGCAGCCAAAGACGGUACUUUGACAUUCAUGGUGGGCGGCUCGGAAACGGAUUUUAACGAUGCGAAAUCUAUUCUCGAAGCUCUGGGAUCUAGAGUAGUGCACUGCGGUAGCAUAGGAAUGGGACAGGCGGCUAAGCUGUGCAAUAAUAUGUUAUUAGCGAUUAGUAUGAUCGGCACUGCUGAGGCGUUCAACCUUGGGCAAAAACUCGGCUUGGACGCGAAGGUAUUGGCGGACAUUGUAAAUUCCAGUUCAGGCAGAUGCUGGUCUUCUGAUCUUUACAAUCCAGUUCCAGGAAUCCUGCCUAAUGUUCCCAGUUCGAAGAAUUAUGAGGGCGGUUUCGGCACAACAUUGAUGGCCAAAGAUCUGGGAUUGGCGCAAUCCGCCGCGACCAGAACGGAAGCUCCGAUUCCCCUCGGUUCCCUGGCGCAUCAGAUUUACAGAGCGGUCAUCGCUCAAGGAUUCUCGAAUAAGGACUUCAGCGUGGUUUAUCAAUUUCUCAAAGGUAAAAACUGAAAAGACUUGAAAACUUAUAUUAAACUUUAUUAAAUGCAUAUACAUCUCGAAUGAAUUAGUAAAUGAAUUUUAUAUUUGGUACUGUUUGCAAAAGUGGA